AUGAUCAUCGUCUCGGAUAUCGUCACCCUUAGGGAACGAGGCAAGUAUCAGGGGAUUCUGGGUGCAUCUUUGGGUCUGGGGAACGUCAUUGGUCCGUUCGUCGCUGCAGCUUUUGUCAUGGACUCGACCUGGCGAGGAUUCUUCUGGCUCCUGUCUCCGCUGGCGGCGUGCUGCAUCGUUGUUGGGUAUAUUCUGAUUCCCGACAAUGCACGCAAAGACAGUACUCGGAAGAAUGUUCGCAAGAUCGAUUUCUGGGGCAUUCUUGCCUCCUCGGUCGGAAUCAUUUUCGUGCUGAUCCCCAUCUCUGGCGGCGGGUCAUAUUUCAAUUGGGACUCGCCUAUGGUUAUCAGCAUGCUUACCAUUGGAGGCUGUGCCUUCAUCGCCUUUAUUGUGAUAGAGUGGAAAGUGGCGGUGCUGCCUAUGCUUCCAGUGGUGUUCUUCAAGAACAAGGUGAUUUGUGCUCUGUUUCUGCAGAGUUUUCUUCUUGGCGCUGUUUACCAGGCCUACCUGUAUUACUUGCCCAUGUACUAUCAAAAUGCUCGCGGAUGGUCUCCGAUCGUGUCUGCUGCGUUGACUGCACCUAUGGUCGCUUGCCAGUCUCUAGCAUCGAUCACCUCCGGGCAAUACAUCUCACGGAUGAAGCGUUAUGGAGAGGUAAUCUGGGCUGGUUUCUUCCUAUGGACACUGGGUGCUGGAUUGAUGCUGCUGUUUGAUCGUCAUACCAGCCCAGGUGCUAUUGCCGUUAUCGUCGGCGUUGCCGGCAUCGGCAUCGGCUGGACUUUCCAGCCGACCAUGAUCGCCUUCCAAGCCCACUGUACCAAGUCACAGCGGGCAGUCGUGAUCUCAGACCGUAACUUCUUCCGUUGCAUGGGAGGUGCUUGCGGUCUGGCCGUCUCCGCGGCUCUUCUCCAAGCCUCCUUACGGUCCAACCUCCCCGACGGAUACAAGGAUGUCGCGCAUUCGUCGUACUCCUUACCGUCCCGAAACGGGAUCUCAGACUCCGACUGGGAGCAGAUCCUUACAGCGUAUUCGAAGGCCUCCCAUUCCGUCUUCAUCCUACAGGUCCCACUGAUCGGAAUGUGCCUUCUUGCGUGUCUUUUCAUUCGGGAUCGAGGGUUGGAGCGACCAAAAGACCCGCAUGAGAUCGAAGAAGAGAAACGACAAGAAGAGGAAAAGCAGAGGCAGGAGAAAGCUCGCGAACAGGAAGAGGCUCGAGUUGCUGGCCAGGAUGUCGAAUCCCAGGUACCGCAUGGGUCUGAGCCGGAGGCCGACGAGAAUGUGAAGCAUUCUGGCACAUCACCUGAUCCUGAAAAGCUGGAGCCAACUGCGACAAAGCGUCCAUACACACGGGCUUUGGAGAGCCGCAUCCACUAUCUGGAGUCGCAAUUAGAAACGAGACCUAAGAGCAGUCCCGCCAGCAGCCACGUCGCUCAUCCUGUUGCGGCACUCCUCUCUCCACAGAACCCUCCGACCCCGGCUGGCUCGACGACCGAACUCGACCGGAAUGCUGUCGGGGAGAUAGUGGGCUUUCUCGCCCUCAACUCAUCGGAGGCCCCGGCAUAUGUAGGAUCCAGCUCAGGGCUGUCACUGGCCGCAGACCUCGGAGAGAUGGUACAGGCUACGGUGUGGAAUCAAGCGCUGUCAUCGUCGCGGCACCCAACCGCGACACGAGUUGGACAGCUUCCAGGUCAGAGUAUCACUGGUCUCCCACCGCAACCGUCUUCAGGAGACAAGAACCCGGAAGAGCGACCUCGACCGUUGCGCAUGGAUGAACUGCUGUCCAAGACCACGGACCCGCCCAAUGAUGAAUUGGGAUCGCGGAUUCUGCGCGCCUAUCUGACGAGACUACACGUGAGGUAUCCCUUUCUGGAUCGGACCGAGCUAUGGCGUCUGCACGAGGACCGCUGGCGCUUGGCCAGGACUCCACGCGAAGAGCUCACGAGGGCGGAGCGAUUCGGGAUCUUCAAGCUGUAUCUGGUAUACGCGAUUGGCGCAACAACGAUACAGCUAAGCGAGAACCUCGCUACAAUAGUUCCUGAGCAAUUCUAUACAACCGCCCUACAGACUGUGCCCGGAAUGUGUGAGCCGCGGUCGGUGGAGAAUAUCGAAGCCAUGACUCUGAUGGUGGUAUACCACCUUCGGUCUGCGUCCAGUCAGGGCAUGUGGUACAUGGUCGGACUUGCUAUGCGGACUGCCAUUGAUUUGGGGUUGCACAGGAAGGCAAAUGAGAACAACCUGGACCCAUUCACCGCGCAAAUGCGACGUCGUCUGUUCUGGACUGUCUACUACCUCGAGCGCGUGGUCUCGAUGUCGUUGGGUCGACCCUUCAGUAUUGCUGAUCGACACAUCGACCUGCCUUUACCACUUGACGUCGACGAUGACGUGCAAGAUCCGGCUGUGCUGACAGCAUCGCCGCCGAUGGAUCGAAUCACAAGCUUGACCUUCGCGAUCUACCUGAUGAAGCUCCGUCGCAUUGACUCACGAAUCCAACACAAGAUCUACCGAGCCGACCGUCCGCUGCAUACCCUGCGCUCCAAGAUGGACCGUCUCUACCUGGAACUGGAGGAGUGGAAACAGUCCGCGACGCGGCGCUUCAGCGGAUCCGACCUCGACUACCCGAUGCUACACUACCACCGGGCCUUACGGCUUUUGAUCCAGCCCUUCUUGCCCUCGCUUCCCCUCACGGACCCCUACUAUCAUAUUUGCCUACGCGCCGCGGGCAACACUUGUCAGACGCACAAGCGCCUUCAUCAGACGCUGGAAUACGGCCACUCGUUCCUGGCGGUGCAAACCGUCUUCAUGGCAGGGAUCACGCUGCUCUAUGCGCUUUGGACCCACACCAGCGACGUCUGGUCGGUGCAGCUCAGCAACGACAUCCGGGCCUGCUCGACCGUGCUCUUCGUCAUGGGUGAGCGAGCCAAGUGGGUGAAGAAGUACCGCGACGCCUUCGAGCUGCUCGUCAACGCCGCCAUGGAGAAGCUCGAAGGCACCGACGCCUCCAAGAAAGUCGGCAUGGCCGAGCUGAUGACCGCCCAGCACAGCAGCGGCGGCAUCAACGCUGGCAUGUUCCGCGACAAUCACCCGAGUACCUCGCGAGCCACCGAAGGAGGGGGCGUGGCGUCCACGACCGCCACCGCGCAUCCCGCGACGCAGGGCGCCGCCGCCGACCCGCUCAGCCAGGAUCACGGCGUGCGCAUGGCGUUGCAACUGGCGCCGUGGAUCGAUCUGGAGGAAGAUAGUCCGUUCUGGAUGCCGGACUUCGAGACCCUGGAGGGUCUGUCUGGUGAGCAGCUGUGGAGUAGUGGCGAUUUCGCCCCGUUUGCCCCGGUUGAUCCGCUCUUCGGCGUCAUGACGGGGCCAGAUGUGUGA